AUGGGGCCAAACCCUCCCGGCCAUCCCCUGAUUGGCGACUUAUUCAACGCCAUUUUGGGCUCAUGUGUCAAUUCAUACCAAAGGCUCACAUCGGAUGAGCAGUCACGACGGCUACGAAGUGAAUCAGAGCGAUUCUUUCUCUGGGGAGACGGCGUCUCUGCUGCUAACGGUCAGCUGGAUAAAGCCCUCCCUACAUCUUCUGAACUUUAUCAAACUGUUCUUUCGGCUCUUUAUCAACUUGGAAAAGUUAUCGAUGUCGACUUGGUCCAGGUGAUUGCUACAUCACAGCCAACCAAUGCUGCUACAGACACUCGCGAGCUUCGACUACUUCUAGAAGAGGCCAGAGCUAUUCUUGGCACACCCAACGCUACAGAAGUCUCUGAGAGCCUUUCAGAUGACGAAAAUGGACCAUGCAGCUUGGAAGACAUUCUUGAUGACAUGGUCACAUACAUCGACUGCCUUAUGGAUCUCUCUCCUCCCCUCGAAAAUAUCAUCAUAUACCCCGAGUCUAUUCGCUCCGAGUCUACGUCGAUUGAGCCCGCUAUCGUUGAGCUCAAUGAAAGGAAGCCUCCCCGUACUCGCCCUACACCUAGUGGUUCUUCUAUUAGCUCCUAUCGCACCUAUGUAGGCCUCGAAAUACCUCGACUCUCCGCACCCACGAUGCCCGUCGACGGCAACCCCCUUUACUUCGAAAUUGAUGAUAGUGGUCUGCCCCACUUCCAAGUAACAAUAACUCUAUUCGAAGGCGCUCCCCGAGAACGCGUGGUCCACUUGGGCCCCUGGGAAGUACAGGAGUCAAACGAGCGUCGAGUCAUCUGGCAAGGGGCAAAUCAAAACGAGAUUCUCGAGCAUUACUUUCCUUCGAAUGACCCGUCGGAUGUUCAUCCACAUACGCUCCAUGCCCGCCAUCGGCCUUACAAUGAGCCUGUGGACAUGGAGCAAUAUCUAACAUUCCAAGAGCCCCACCGUAUUCGGCACAUCAACGGUGAGGGAGUCUGCAUCCACGACGAGUUCAUCAACGUGAAGUACGAGUUUUCGUCGGCCGAGUCCUCGAUGCAGUUUCAGGAAGAUGUACGGCGAAAGGACCUUGUCGAUUUCUACGACACGGAUGUCGUCUGGACCAACAUUCACGGCCGCACCGACAGUUUCGGCAACGUUAGGGGUGUAGCAACGGUCCAACGACUCAAACUAUGGAGAGAUCGGGCUACUAGCCUCUACUCACUCAGCAUCCAUCAGAAUAAAGCCAACCGCCAAUAUCGAGACUACAAUCUGGGAGAUUUUCACGUCGAGAUUAGCCAUAGAGACGACAAGGCAAAUCGGCUACGGCUUAGAGCUUUGCAUCAAGAUGGUGACAACGGUCGUCGCCCAAUCACGGCAAAUUGGCUGCAGCCUAGAAGGAGUAGCGAAGCAUCGGAAUCCCGACUGCGGAGACAGUCGACAGACAGUAGCAUACGAUACUUGGCGAUUCAAUUUUCUGAACGUGCAGCGUACCGACGAUUCAUAGAGACGUGGGAGACCUGCCAGAGUCCAGACAGCCUAUCCAACCAGCUCCAGUUACCAUUACGGGGGGUCAUGGCCACAUUUCUUACCCAGGAACAGCCCCAACGAGGCACGAUGAACUUGAGCCCGGGGCCCUCCAACUUGACUGAGGCAAAAGAAUCAUCAGGUCGGCAAGAGUAA